CUUUUUUUAUGAAUGGGGGGCCGGAAAAGAGCUUAACCCGUGAUUGCUGGGGCCGGCUGUUGCUCCUCCUGGGGCCGACGUUCUUUUACAAAGAGGGGUGGAGGUUGUUGUUCCUUUUUUUUUUUUCCUUUGUAAUGAAUGGAGGGCGGCGGCGACUGCAGCAGCUGGUUUAGCUGCGUGGGUUGUACCCUCCUCCCAGCCUGCGAGAGGAGGAACCUACUGGAGGACUUAGCUCAAGGAAACCUGCAAGGAAAUGAGGAAAACAUUUGGAUGCCAAGGGACAGACAGCAAGAGCCAGGCAGGCAGGACCUAGCAGAAGCUGGUAUGGUAAGGGGUCCGGUCACUGGGGUAUCUUUUUCCCUUUCUUUCUUGGGGUGCUGAGGACCAGACUAGAGCCUUGACCUACAAAGCAAGCUCUGUUGAGCUACAUCCCUACCUGGCAGGUCAGAAUUUCUUCUUAUAAAACAACAGAUCUUCUAAAAUAGAAUUUCUUUUCCCCUUAAUGUUGAAUUCUUGAGCCUUUUUCAUUUCUCUUAGAAAAAAAUUUAUUUGUUUAUUUUUCUGAGACAAGAUGGGUUCUCUGUGCAGUUUUGGCUGUCUUGGAACUCAUGUAGACCAGGUGUAGACCAGGAUAGCCUUGGACUCACAGAGAUCCACCUGCCUCAGCUUUCCAAGUACUGGAAUUAAAGUUGUGAGCCACUACCACCUGGCUAAUUUUUGUUUUUUAAUUUCUCUUGCCAGGAAGUGGUGGUGCACCUGUUUGAUCCCAGCAGUGGGGAGACAGAGGCAGGCAGCCUGGUCUAUAGAGGGAAUUCCAGGACAGCCAUGGCCACACAGAGAAACCCUGUCUUGAAAAACAAAAACAAAAACAAAACCCCAGAAACUAUAGUUCUAAUUUUUUAAUGUUUUUUUUUCUUUUUUUUUUUUUUUUCGGAGCUGGGGACCGAACCAAGGGCCUUGUGCUCGCUAGGCAAGCGCUCUACCGCUGAGCUAAAUCCCCAACCCACAUUUUUUAAUGUUUUAUUACUUUGAAAAACAUUCUACUGCUUUUCUUUUUUUAAUUUAAAUUCUGGAAUCAGUGUUGCUUGGAAAAACUGAAAAAUAUGUAGGCUCCAAGUUUAUGGUGGGGUUUCUAUCCCCAUAAACCCACUGGAUAUUAAAAGCACAUUUAAUACAGUUCACUGAACGUCACAGCAGCACAGUACUACCUCCCUGGCUUGCUGCAAGCUUCCCAGUGUCACAAGAGGAUCUGUCUGCCUAUUGAUAGCCAGGAAAGGUUUAAAUUAGAAAAGAGGGGAUAUGCUGUCUACUUUUUUGGGUAGAAAUAUAAUAUUGCUUUAGACCAUCUUGUAGCUUGAAGUAACAGUUGAGCCAUCGUAAGCCGAGCCAUCUGUGCUCUUCGAGUGCCUUUGUGUGGUUUGGCAGGGCCCUGGGAGAUGCCGAGUCAGGAGGUUAAAGGAAAUCUACUGGACUUGGGGUAGCUCGUGCUGAAAUCUCACUAUUUAAGAAGCAGAGGCAGGAAGAUUGCUCUGAUCUCAAGACCAGUCUGGGCAUAGUAGCAAAUAAAUCAAAUAAGCAAACCAGAAAUAGGCUGGCCCUCCUGGUGCAUGUCUGAAUCUCAACACUGGAGAAGCAGAGGCAGGAGGAUUAUUGUAAGUUAGCAGCUCCCUACCCCUACCCCCAGCUACAGAGCGAGUGACAGAGCUUCACAGUAAGACCUUGUUUAAAAAACAAAACAGAAAGAAAGGAAGAAAGCCCAAAUAAAAGCAAAGGCUUUAUUGGGAUUUUGAGGCUGUACCCAGUUACUAUGGGAUGCGGGAGUCCGGGAACAGUGUACUGGAGAUCAGAUGGAGCCUGGUCUGGUGGUGGACACUGGUAAUUCCAGCACUCAGGAGGCAGACCUAUGAGGCCAGACUGGUUUGAUAGUGAACCAGGACAUCCAGGGCUAUGUGGAAAACACCCUGUCUCUAGUAACAACAACAACAAUGAUUGAUGAUGAUGUUGUUGUUGAUGAUGAUGAUGUUGACAGGGGUAGCAGCAAGAUGGAGAGAUGAGAAAUCCUCUCUACCUACAAGAUUUCCACAACACUUCAUUGUCCCAGGCUCCUUCACAGCAAAGAUGAUCCCAGAGAGCAUUGGUACUAGAAAGACCUCCUUCAAGGUGCCUGUCCCCAGGCGGUCUGCACUGGGGAUCACCAGGAAUGAUGACAAUCAGUAAAGCUGUAUGCAUGGCUGGGAAAAGGAGCUUUUUCUGUCUCUGACUCCCCGUCUCCCUCCCCCAACCCCUGCCCCAUAUUUAUGUGCGCCUGUGUCUCUGUCUCCCUGCCCCCAUGUAUGUGUGUGUGCAUGCUCAGUGGCUUUAGACAAUAUUUAAGAGUUAUAUUUCAGCAGAUCUCCCGCUGAAGCCUGAGCAGGGAUCCAGGUUCCCCGAAUCUGAAACCAAAGAGAACCUUUCGGCUAUGAUUUUGGCAAAUGGGAACUUUCUUCCCCCAAGUCUGCAUUUCACACGAAAACUAUUUAAAAUGUCCGUGCACAAGCCAGGCUGUGGUGUGAUGAUGUUUACUGGUUUCGCUGACUGUAAAAAUGGGCGUUCUCUCCACUUCCCCACCAGCCAGGAGCAAACCCUUCUAGUCCUUCCCCCUGAGCAGUUUUAAAUAGUAGUGCUCUAGGGUUGGCUGGCGACCUGGAAAAUCGCUUUUGCUUUGUUAUGCUGUUAAUGGUCGUCAGUUUAAACCCUCCAUCCUCAGAAACUUUCUCCAAACUAAAUUGGGAAGGAGGUAGCAGGUGUUUGUUUGUUUGUUCAUUUGCUUUUAAGAAAGAAAGGGUGGGGGGAGGGGAGGAAAGGAGAAAGAAAAAAAGCAAAGCAAUCACUAUUUAAAGGAUUUGGGGAGGGAGGAUUCUAAGCUGGUCAGGCCCCUGUGGGAGCAGCGAAGAGAUUUUAUCUCUCUAAGAUUUAUUUAUUUUAUUUUGUAUAUGAGUACACUGUAGCUGUCUUCAGACACACCGGAAGAGGGCAUCGGAUCCCAUGACAGAUGGUUGUGAGCCACCAUGUGGUUGCUGGGAUUUGAACUCAGGACCUCUGGAAGAGCAGUCGGUGCUCUUAACCACUGAACCAUCUCUCCAGCCCGAGAUUUUAUCUUUCUACGUCAGUCUGUAACAACUAGCGCUCAGCAUAUAAGCUACCAAGUGUUGACCAUCUGGGCCACCUCUCACAUGAUCACUGUCAACUUUCAUCUGUUGGGGCCAGCAGCUCUUCAGUCUGCCUUCUGGGAUCCAGAACUCUUCUUGGGACAUCGAAGGUUAGACUAUGGACAUUUAAAACAUUGAUGAUAAUGAUGAUGGUGAAGAAGAAGAAGAAGAAGAAGAAGAAGAAGAAGAAGAAGAAGAAGAAGAAGAGGAGGAGGAGGAGGAGGAGGAGGAGGAGGAGGAGGAGGAGGAGGAGGAAGAGGAAGAGGAAGAGGAAGAGGAAGAGGAAGAAGAGUUAACAUUCCUUGUGCUGGCAGCUGAACCCAGUAAUGUGUAAGAGUCUCCCAGGUGGUAACGGUUACGGCUUGGCACUAGAAGAGGCCAUUGGUAAAGGUAAAGCCUCAGAUGCAGUGGAAACCCCAGAAUUGAAGGAUCAUGGAGAGAAGUUGAAGCUUAUACCAUAUUGCCAGAUCAGUCCACUGAAGACAGCUUAAAGAGAAGCUGUUGAUGAAAGUGCAGCUUGGUUCCAGCAGGGAUCCUGGUAUUUUGGAGAUGCCAGACCAUGAAGUGACAACCAAGGACAGCAGCAGCAAUGGAGUAGAGCCAACCUGAGCCUAGGAGACAAUCUUUAUUUGCUGCUUGUGGUAGAACAAGAGAAUUAGAACUGCUUAGGCCUUCUGGAGCCCAGCAGGUCAUGACUGAAUCCCAGAGACUGCCUUUAGCGCUUCUUAACAUUGUCCAUGGCCAUUACAACAUCAAAAAGAGGCCUGAGCCAAACGCUCUUCACAGGAAACUGGACAGGAACCUGGCAUCGCCGUUCUCAGAGACGCUCCACCUAGCAACCAAUGGAAAGAGAUACAGGGACUCACACCCAAACGUUAGAUGCAACCCAGGAAGUUUUAUGGAAGAGUUGGGAGAAAGACUGAGGAACCUGAAGAGCACAGGGACUCCACAGUAUCCAACCGAGUCAGCUAACCUGGGACCUCGGGAGCUCUCAGAGACUGAAUCACCAACCGAAGAGCAGUCUGUGUCAGAUUUAUCUUCAGCAAAGCGGAAGUUUGCAGAUUCCUUAAAUGAAUUUAAAUUUCAGUGUAUAGGAGAUGCAGAAACAGAUGACGAGAUGUGUAUAGCGAGAUCUUUGCAAGAAUUUGCCACUGUUCUCAGGAAUCUUGAAGAUGAACGGAGUCGAAUGAUUGAGAAUGCCAGUGAGGUGCUCAUCACACCCUUGGAGAAGUUUCGCAAGGAGCAGAUCGGGGCAGCCAGGGAAGCCAAAAAGAAGUAUGACAAAGAGACAGAGAAGUAUUGUGGCACCUUAGAAAAGCAUCUGAAUUUGUCUUCCAAAAAGAAGGAAUCCCAGCUACAGGAGGCAGACAGCCAAGUGGACCUAGUUCGACAACAUUUCUACGAAGUGUCCCUGGAGUAUGUCUUUAAGGUGCAGGAAGUGCAAGAGAGAAAGAUGUUUGAGUUCGUAGAGCCUCUACUGGCCUUCCUGCAAGGACUCUUCACUUUCUACCACCAUGGUUAUGAGCUGGCCAAGGAUUUUGGUGACUUUAAGACACAGUUGACCAUCAGCAUACAAAAUACAAGAAACCGCUUUGAAGGAACCAGGUCUGAAGUGGAAUCUCUGAUGAAGAAGAUGAAGGAAAACCCCCUUGAACACAAGACCAUCAGCCCGUACACCAUGGAAGGGUACCUGUAUGUGCAGGAGAAACGUCACUUUGGAACUUCCUGGGUGAAGCACUACUGUACAUACCAACGGGAUUCCAAGCAAAUCACCAUGGUUCCGUUUGACCAAAAGUCAGGAGGAAAGGGGGGAGAAGACGAGUCUGUCACCCUCAAAUCCUGCACACGGCGAAAGACAGACUCCAUCGAGAAGAGAUUCUGCUUUGAUGUGGAAGCGGUAGACAGGCCAGGGGUUAUCACCAUGCAGGCGUUGUCGGAAGAGGACCGUAGGCUCUGGAUGGAAGCCAUGGACGGCCGGGAACCUGUCUACAACUCGAACAAAGACAGCCAGAGUGAAGGGACUGCACAGUUGGACAGCAUCGGCUUCAGCAUAAUAAGGAAAUGCAUCCAUGCGGUGGAAACCAGAGGGAUCAAUGAACAGGGACUCUACCGAAUCGUGGGGGUCAACUCCAGAGUGCAGAAGUUGCUGAGUGUCCUGAUGGACCCCAAAGCAGCGUCUGAGACAGAAACUGACAUCUGUGCCGAAUGGGAGAUAAAGACCGUCACUAGUGCUCUGAAGACCUACCUGAGAAUGCUUCCAGGACCGCUCAUGAUGUACCAGUUUCAAAGAAGUUUCAUCAAGGCUGCAAAGCUGGAAAACCAAGAGACUCGCGUCUCUGAGAUCCAUAGCCUUGUUCAUCGGCUCCCAGAGAAGAAUCGGCAGAUGUUGCAGCUGCUCAUGAACCACCUGGCAAACGUUGCUAACAACCACAAGCAGAAUCUGAUGACUGUGGCAAACCUUGGUGUAGUGUUUGGACCCACCUUGCUGCGACCUCAGGAAGAAACCGUGGCAGCCAUCAUGGACAUCAAGUUUCAGAACAUUGUCAUCGAGAUCUUAAUAGAGAACCAUGAGAAGAUAUUCAACACGGUGCCUGAUGUGCCCCUCACCAACGCCCAGCUACACCUGUCCCGGAAGAAAAGCAGCGACUCCAAGCCCCCAUCCUGCAGUGAGAGGCCCCUGACACUCUUCCAUGCUGUGCCGUCCACAGAAAAACAGGAGCAAAGGAAUAGUAUCAUCAACUCCAGUUUGGAAUCAGUCUCCUCAAGUGCGAACAGCAUCCUUAAUUCUAGCAGCAGCCUGCAGCCCAACAUGAACUUCAGCGACCCAAGCCUGGAUGUGGUCAAACCUACUCGGCCCAAUUCACUCACACCGUUCCGGAAGGCAAAGGCUUUGUACGCCUGCAAAGCUGAGCACGACUCGGAACUCUCCUUCACGGCAGGCACCGUCUUCGAUAAUGUUCACCCGUCUCAGGAGCCUGGCUGGUUGGAGGGGACUCUGAAUGGAAAGACUGGCCUCAUCCCAGAGAACUACGUGGAGUUCCUCUAACCUCCAGCCCCAGUGGAGCUGCUGAGCUUUACGUGGUCUCCAUGACAACACUGCUUCUGGUGUUGUGGGCCACUUUUCAUUGCCACUGAGGAAGCAGGGAGCCUGACUGUUGUUUCCUGCCAAAAAACGAAUGCAUCUGGGAACGUGUGCCACCCUUCUCCGCAAUCAUCUCAGCUUACAGCACAGCGAUGCUGCGAGAACUGUACGUCAAUCAACAGAGGAGGCCAUUUGAUUUUGAUAACCCAGAGGAAGGCUCGAGAAGCUGUCUUCUCCUGAGUGCCCUAAAUAGAGAGCCCUGAUUUCAUCUCAACAGUCAUCCAAACCCCCAGCCUUCUGGGAAGAGGAAGCAGGGGAGAAUAGUGCUAAAAGAGUACAGCACUGCUGAGUUGCAUGAGGCAGGGCGAAGAGACAAGGUGCAGGCUGCCUCUACUGCUGCUGCUCUUCUGCUGUAGCAGACAAUUUCUCUCCUUCCUUCUCCCAGAGACAGGGUGCUGCAGGCAGCUGGGCCUGUCUGCAAGUGCACAGGAUGAAGGGGUCACCACACUGUUUAUAUGUGAUCCAGGCACUCAGCACCUCUUGAGCAGCUGUUGGCCUGUAAUCAGCAGAUUUCAGUCCAGUCCUUCGUGCAAAGAAAACACACACCCCUCACGUUCUCUGCUGCUGAAGGCUUCCAUCACUGCCAUCACCUAGUAACCAUAGCAACCCAACCUACUCUAAAACUAAGCCAAAAAUAAUACUCCUCUUUGUAUAACACCCCCUCUCCCAGCUCUGGUGGUUUUUGGUUUCUGUUUUGCUUUUUGUUUUUGGUUUUGUUUUUUGUUUUGUUUUGUUUUGUUUUGUUUUGUUUUGUUUUGUUUUGUUUGAAUGGUCUUCCAACAAUCUGAAGCAGAGGAUUAGGCCAUUAGGGUGGACUAUCUGGGGCAGACAGCUCCCUAGAGUCUUUUGUUACUGAGGUCCUGUAGAUUUUAGAGGUGAUUCUUGGGCCAAACCUGUAGCCUGAUUUUAAAAGGACAUGUAUAUCACUGCCACCCAGAAAAAAAUAGGGAAUCAUUAACUAGGACAGAACGUUAAGAGUCCGUAGGACACCAGAAGUGGAGGCUUGGAGGCUAGGCUGAGUACCUUCUAAGAGAGGGAAUUCUGGUUAAAAGGGCGGGUCUUAACUGUCUUGCACCUGGAUGAGCAUCACAUGACCUCAAAAGAACACAAUCAUGGCAUCUUCGUACUCUAAUGCCCUUGCUAGAGGGACUCUGACAAGCUGUCACACUCUCCAGGAGCCCCUCUGAUGGCGAUGUUGCACCCAGGCAGUGUCUCUGGCUCCUGGAAUUCCCUUAGGGUUCUUUAAUGAAGAAAAGAAAAACUUGAAUUGUGUUGAAUUACUGUACCUUCUGCUUUUUUUUUUAAAAAAGAUAAACUUGUAAAUAGAAUGAUUUGAAAUAUUAUAUGGUAAAGUUUUAUAUUUGAUAUUCUUUAAGCUAGUUGCUCCAUGCAUUUAGUAUUUCGAUGGCUGAACAAGUGUUUAAAAGGCUGCAAGAGAGGCCGGGUUAAAGAGUCAAGGUCAUGUGCCCACUCUGGCCCAGUGAAAGAAUGUUUCCUCACGGUUCCCAUUGGGGAGCCUGAGAAGUUGGUUGUAUUCAGUUGUCUUUGCCUACAUGUGAUUUGGGGCUGCGGAGUUCAAAAAAGCAUAUUCAGGCAACGGAUUUUCAAAGAACUCCCACCCAAUAGUAACGUGACACUCAGGAUUUAAAAAGGUGGGGAAAGGGUUGAUAUGUUUGUUUCUGUUUGUGUGUUUGUUCUUCUCAGGUGUAUUUCUUGGUACCCCAGGAUUCUCCUAAGGUGAUACAUUUUCAUAUAUAUCUAUAUAUGACCAAAUUAGUUUGUAAAUGUGUCUAUCAGCUCUAAGAACAAAACAAGAAAGUCAGCUGCUAUGGUUCUCGGUCAGUGGUGAACUUCACUCUCUUCCUGUAGACAUGUUCCUGCACUUACUUCCCUUCCCCCUCCAGAUUCCCAGCAGCCACAAACUCAAAAAGAAUCCCCAAGAGGGAUGCAGACUGCACUGUUAAAGUUUCUAGAGUGGCUAUAAUGUUAAGAGUUCAUUGUUAGGAUUCAGUAUUGAGUUUUCCAACUUGGGAUUGUACUGUUGCCAACCAAGAACCCAGCCAGGAGCAAGGGAGACUGGAACUUGCAAACAGAAUUGCAAACUGCCCAUUGCUGGGUGUGAGGCCCCUGCUGUGGUCUUAGCACUUGAGAGACAAGGACAGGACAGGACCCAGCCAGGUAUGAGGGCGGGAGGAGGGUUGGAGACUAAAGGAAGGGAGGAAGUAGACUCGGGUUCCAGGCCCAGUCCCUGUGAGCUUGAGAAAAGGUUGGGCAAUGGGGCCCGCAGGGCCUGCACACUCAAGUAGUGGGGCUCCUGCCAAAUUGAUAGAGCCCAGCAUGAUACUUUUAAAACAUCUGAUGGUUUAAAUUGUCACCUGCCCCAUAAUAAAUGUAGUAUUCUUGAAGUCAGGGCCCAGCCUGACUGCUCAGACACACAUUCCUUCUCUCCUGAGUUGGCCCUGGUUUGAAGCUACUCUCUUAGGCUGACCUCCUUCCAGUGUCCCUGAGGCCAUGUGUGGCCUCUGACAGAUGGUUGCUCUGUUUCCUUUUGUUCAGCUAGGCCUCCUUCCUCCUCCUCAGGUAAAAGAACUGGAGAGAUUAAUAUGAGCCAAGUGGGAAGGAACUCGAAGAUUAAAGUGAAAUGUGCCCUCUCUGGACCCCUCAGCUCCCUGUGAAUGAGGGAAGCUGGGGUAGAUGGUGAGGAAUGAGUUGAUGUCAGAAUGGAAGUCCAUUGACCAGGUCCCAAAGAUUUCCCAGGAGCUUUGAGUUUCUCUUGUGAGGCCCUGGGAUGGGUUCGCUGUGGUUUGAAUUUUGGAGCAUUGAGAUGGUUGGGCUCACUCUCUGAAACGCAGUUCCGUAACUGAACCAUGCUGUGCCAUGAAACGAGAAGUUUGCUGCUCUCACAUCUCUGCCCCCAAGCUAGUAAGGUGGACUUGCUCAACACUUUUUCAAAAUAAAUGUGUGCGGCUGGCCUCCACUUAGUGGGUGACCCAGUCAGAGUCUCUGGGAUUAGAGCCGGUUUGUAGUAUUUCCAAAGCCAUUCUGCAAAGUCUUGUGGGUGCUUUUUUUUUUUUUUUUUUUUCAUUACGACACUGAGAGGAAAUGAGAACCAGGCACUGGUGGGUCAGAGCCAUGUUCACUGCUUGGGAGUUACAGUCCCUUACCCACAACUCCACCAGACAUGAGUGUACCGUGCCUAGAUCCUUGAGGGAAAUCCUUCUCAACUGCUUCUCCCUCCUGAAGACAGUAGCAGUCACACCAAAAGCUGUUUCUCAGUCAUAGAACUUCCGGAAGCAUGCAUUGUUGAGGCAUGGUAGUGGACUAAAGAUGGUGCGAUCAUCUGUUCUUGGCCGGCUGUCACUGCUUCCUGAGACAAGGCUGUUUACCUAGCUUCAUAGCCAUGGAGCUCUGGGGGUGCACCAGUGACCUCCCUGGCAUCCCACAUUUGCCCUAGCAUCCACUGUUCUGAUAAACAAGGGAGCCAAGUGUCUGUUUAGCUACCUGACUUUUGUAGGAAUGUUCUGGGUGUCUGGGAAGGGAGUGGUCUGCCACCUCUGGCAAACUUGACAGUGAUCACUUAGGUUAACAGCCCCGCCCCAACAGCCCUUCUUUAAUCAGUCAGGUGCCCCUCACACCCCAUAGUAGUGUUGGAAAAAUGCCUUUUGUGCUGAAAUAUUUCUGCAGCCAUGCUGAUCUAGUGGCUGUCUGUGAACAUAGCAUCAAAAUGACAACAGCAGAGAGCUGUGAACCUUGCACAUUCCUCCAACAUACCUGAGACAAGACUCCACCAAGCCAUAAUUGGCUUUCUUCCUUUUGUCGCUCACAGCACUUGUCUAACUUAAAGAGCUUCCCACAGAAGAUGGAGAUUCCAGAUGUCACUUGGAGCCUCCCCCUACUCCUGGAAGGAAAGCAUAGAUAUAAUAAAAACACCAGGAUCAGGAAGGAAAAGGUAACCACACUCAGGAACCGCGGAUCUUUAAGGAAGGCUAAGAUACUGCUCUUACCUGGGAGGAAAAACCAUCCCAGAAAGAAAAAUACACAACAAAUAAUCUUCCACAAGUCUGUAGGACAUUAUAAAAUGAAACUGCUCUGCAUGGUAAAAUGUACUAGAGAGUGAGAGCUGAGCAUAGGCUUAACCCACAGAGGGAGAGCCAAGGACCAUCCUGUCAAAAUUCUCAUUAGUGUAGUCAGUGGGGAUCAGAGAACUGGACAGUGCCCGAGAGACCUGGAGUAGCUUCAGCCAGGCUGACGUACUCUCUCUGCCAUCACAGCCACCAUGCUCACAGGCUUCUGAAUAAAACCAACAAAAGGCAUUAUUGGGGUUCAAGAUGCCGGAAUCAGCUUGGUGUCUGGUGAUUCUACAAUGUGUGUGUGCAUGUGUCGUGUGUAUGUGUUUGUGUGUAGCACAUACAUGUGUAAAGGUGCAGCCUCGGGUGUAGACACACAAGCUGGCAUUUGUAAAGGUUUUACAGCCUUUGGAGGGAGCGUGUCAGAAGAACUAGAGACUAGUUCCCAGCAAAUGAUCAAAGCUACAAACGAGACGUCAUCCGAAGCCUCUGUUCAUGUUUAUAACAUGUUAUAACAUGUUUAUAACAUAGUUAUCCACAGCUGCGUUCCUUGGUGACUUAUUACAAGUCAUGUUAAAAACGCAAACCCAUAAAUUCCCAGUAGCUAAUGCUAGGUUAGUGUUCAAAUGCACUCUAAAAGACAUUUAGUCCAUAUUUUGGGAAAGAAACUAUUUGCAUGUUUAAUUCAUCUUUUAGGCUACCAUUGAGUAUACUGUAAAGUGCUGUGUGAUAUCAAGUCAGUAAAGUACUUAUAAAUGGCACUUUAAUAUUUUCUUUUGAGAAAUCAUAAAAACGCACUGUUGUAAAUUUCAGUAUUGACUAUUGACUGGUACAUAGAAUCAAAUUCUGUAAUUAAAAAAGUAACCUGCAGCUAGGAUAGGACAUUUUCUUGUUAUUAGAGGAAAAAGAAACCACUUUUGCUAUGUUCAGGCUUUAAAAACCGUGUUUCUGUGCCAUUGUGUGUAUCGAUAAAGAAAAUACAAUUUCUGUCAGGCACCUCUGAAACCUGGCUUUUUAUGUUUGGUUCGUGUCUGUGGCAAUCUCUAUAAAGUGAGUGGAAGUAUGAUUUUGAAUUAAAUACUUUUCCAUUUGA